AGUCAUGCGCAGUCCAGGAUUGGUGUGUUUGCGUAAAGCCCUGCGGAAACAGUACUUUCCGAGCUCCUUUCAAUUCUCAUGUGGACUACAGAGGAAAACGUCUUCAGUUUAUAGUCAAAUUACAGUCACUUAGUAUAGAGAAUCAUUUCGUCAACUAUAGAUAGACUGUAUAUAUAGACUGUAAAUGGUUAAUGUGUUAUUUUAGUGCAGCAUGAUUCUUGCCACGUGGGGAUGUGAACGCUGUUGUUGUUAUUGAACAUGUGGAGACGAGUGCUCAGAGGAGGUCACGCUUUUAUUGGGUUGAGGAGUGGCGGGACAAAGGCGUUGUGGGGUUUCCAUGGCCUGCGGGCAUGCAGCGCUCCAGCCUUGCCUGCUGGUUGCAUCACUGCACUUCAGGCCGUGGACUUCUGGACCAAGCAGUUUGAGGGGAAAGGUGUGACGGAGCCGGAACUGUCUAGCCGCUACAUCAUUGCAUAUCUGCUAGGCGCUAAAACAAUAGAAAGUCUUGAGCAACAGAGGUUAAAAGAGUUUCUUAGCAGAGAGGAAACGGAUCAGCUGUGGCAGCUUUGCACGCAGCGUCUCUCUAGAAUGCCAGUACAGUAUGUCAUUGGAGAGUGGGACUUCCGAGACCUGACCCUCAAGAUGAGGCCUCCUGUCUUCAUACCAAGACCUGAAACUGAGGAGUUGGUUGAGGUUGUGCUCACAGAUCUGCAGAGACUAUGUGGAAGUGGGGCAACAGUCUUGGAGGUAGGAUGUGGUUCUGGGGCCAUUUCUGUUAGCCUGCUGAAGAGUCUGCCACAGCUCAAAGCGUUUGCCUUGGAUCAAAGUCAGGAGGCAGUGGACUUAACCAGGGAGAAUGCACUAAGGUACGGGGUCCAGGACAGAUUACAGGUUCAUAAUAUUGACGUAGUGAAAGAUGCAGAUGCUUUGUUGGGCCUCUGUGGCUCAGUUGCGGUCCUAGUCAGUAACCCUCCAUACCUGUUUUCACAAGACAUGACAACCCUGCAACCAGAAAUCUUAAGAUUUGAAGACCACGCGGCCUUGGAUGGAGGUAAAGAUGGCCUGAAUGUCAUCAAGCAGAUUCUGACGCUGGCGCCGCGCAUUCUACCAAACCAAGGCCGUGUUUACUUGGAGGUGGAUCCCAGACACCCCCCACUCAUCCAGCAGUGGGUGGAGGGCAACGGGAAAAGUCUGCAGUACAUUGAAACCCGAAGCGACAUCUGUGGCAGACCACGGUUCUGCAUCCUUCAAAACGAGGCCCCAAAGCCAGAUCAGGAUUGAGAAACGGACCUCCUUUUACCCUGGUUCCAGCCCAGGUCGCCGCAUUCUGGGCUCCCCUAAUGCCCCUCGCCAAGCAGGCACCUUGCCGUCUACGCUCCCAAAAUUCCCCCCAAUCUGGAAGAAGUCACACAUCCCCCUUUGGCCCUUUUAGCCGAUAACAGUUGUCACCACACCCUGCUCUCACAAUAUUACACACGCUGCAAUGGCACCGAGGCCAGCUCAAAGCUGAAGGUAAUUACCGAAGCUUUUCUUAGAAUCCCCCCUCUCGGAAGCUCACCCUCCUCCCUGGAAGCGCUCAGCAGUUCUGUGAAUCUGCUGAUGAGCGGUCCUCCCCUCUGCCCGUCCACCCGCUGACUCAGAUGCGGACCGCUUGCUCUAGCGCGCCCGUUACUUCCUCGCUAAAUCUGCGCCUCUCACAAAUUUCAACCCUAAUCACCCGCAAUUUCCUUUUUGUUUUUUUCUAACAGUGAUUUAUGGUAAAAGUGUAUCAUAAUAGGUGUCACAAGAGCGGUCAUCAUUUGCAGAUUACAG